AUGGCUCCCCUCGUCUAUUUGGUGUCUGGUGCAAACCGCGGACUCGGACUCGGUCUCGUGAAGGCGCUGUCAGCUCGCGAAAACACCGUCGUCUUUGCUGGAGCGCGCAACCCUGACGGCGCCAAAGAUCUGCAGGCUCUCGCGGCCCAACGACCCGAGAAGCUAUAUAUUGUCAAGCUGGUAUCGGGCGAUGUCCAAGGAAGCGAGGCGGCGAUCUCGUUCAUUCGCGACAAGGCUGGUCGGUUAGACGUCGUCAUCGCCAAUGCCGCAAUAUGUUUGGCAUACGGACCUGCAUACAAGGCCUCGGAAGACGAUCUGCGGCAACACUUCGAGGUCCGUAAUGGAUUGGAUACCUCUUUGUUCACGGAUGCCGCGCUCAUAUCAGUGUCUCCCGAGGUGAACGUCAUCGGCACUUUCGUGCUGUUCAAAGCUGCGCUUCCACUGCUCAAGGCCAGCAGCGCGUCUGAAUCUGCUCCGCCCAAGUUCGUCGCGGUGUCGUCGCUAGCUGGCGGUCUCGAGCGUGGGGCAAGCGGUCCAUUCGAGAUGACGCCGUACGCCAUUUCGAAGGCGGCGGAGAACUUUCUGGCGCGUAAGCUGCACUUCGAACACGAGAAGGACGGGUUGGUGGUUUUUCCUAUAUGCCCUGGCUUGGUCGACACUGAUAUGGCCAACUACGGCGCUGAACGCGACGAGGGCGUACGCUCGAGGAAGUUCAAGACGGUAGAUGACACUGCGGCUCUACUGCUGAAGGUGAUAGACAGAGCCACACAAGAGAACGAGGGAGGCCAGUUCAUGAGCUUCGACGGGACGAAAAUUCCGUGGUGA